AUGGGCUAUGAUCCAAACUUCAAGUACCAAGUGUUGUUGUUGAUGGUGAUCCAGUUCACACUGGCAUAUCUUAUGAAAGAUUUCUCUUGGACUUUACUUUUUUUGGUUGCAUACACUAUUGGUGGUGUCAUUAACCAUGCUCUACUUCUUGCUCUCCACGAGAUCUCCCACAAUUUGGCUUUUGGCCAUGCCCGCCCGUUACACAACCGGAUCUUCUCCUUGAUAGUGAACUUUCCUAUUGGUGUACCAUGUGCCAUCUCCUUCAAGAAGUACCAUUUGGAACACCAUCGCUAUCAGGGAGACGAAGAACUUGAUGUUGACUUGCCAACACAGUUUGAAGCCCGGAUGUUUUUCAACACAGCCACAAAGUUUGUUUGGGUGGUGCUCCAGCCAUUUUUCUAUUCCUUACGCCCAAUGUUCGUUAACCCCAAAAAUCCACUGCCUUUGGAAAUCAUCAACAUGGUUCUCCAGUUUAGUGUUGAUGCUCUGGUGGUUCAUUACUGGGGUGGAAAGUCACUUGUUUUCAUGAUUGCAAGUUCGUUGUUAGGAAUGGGGUUGCAUCCUGUGGCAGGUCACUUUAUCUCUGAGCACUACAUGUUCGCAAAGGGCUACGAAACCUAUUCCUACUAUGGGCCCUUGAAUUAUGUGACCUUUAAUGUUGGCUACCACAACGAGCACCACGACUUUCCAAGUGUCCCAGGCUCAAGGCUGCCCAUGGUGAAAGAGAUUGCAUCCGAGUAUUACAAGGAUUUACCACAACACAAUUCCUGGACCAGGGUUCUUUAUGAGUUCAUCACUGAUCCAGCAAUUGGACCAUAUGCCAGAAUGAAGCGCAAGGCAAUGGGAUACAAGAAUGGAGUAGAAAAGGAGGAGUGA